UUAUAUAAAAUUUUAGGAGUGACAACCUAGGUAGCUAUCUUACCGGCGUACAUCAACAGCAUCGCACAUCAAUGCCUUGAGCAUGUACCGGGUGCUGCCCCCCUCCCCCUCCCUGCCCUGGGCGUGCCUCACCGGCAGCUCGCAGUGCCCCUUCCUCUCACCAGACCCUCGCCUCUUCUACUACGGAACCACUCUACUCACCGUCUACCUCAUAUUCUUUGUCAUCUUCUACACAGACUUAAACUUCUGGUGGUCGCUCGACCAAAUGCAGAAGCGUAUUGAGGGGAAUGUGUUGUCGAGUAUAAAGAAGUUGUCGAAGAUUGAGGCUGAUCAGAACAAGCAGUGUGGGGUGCGGCAGUGUGCGCUGAGACAGAUGAAGAGGUCUGGGAAGUGUAAUGAGGUGGUGAACUCCCUGCGGACCGCCUUGAAUGAGGAUAUGCUGCGAGGUCUGGUCACCACCAUCAAGGAGCAAGUCGGCGACGAGGAGUAUAAACAAGAUUCUAAUGCAGGCGCUUCCGAUGUCACGUUCACGACAUCGUCCAAGUUUUAGUGAUGCGAUGUUUGUAAUGAAAUAAUAUUCUUGCUUUGUUGGGUUGUUUUGGUAAGAAAUAUUUUGUAGUGAAAGUUGUGCGUACUUAAAGUGCAUGUUUCAUCAUAUUUAUAAAAAUUUAAGUAAGUAUCAAUAUAUAUUUCGUGCAAAAAAUCGAAAGA